CGAUUCAACUUCACUGCUCCGUGUGUGCAAUUGGUUCCCAAAUUUCUCCCGCGGACCCCUAAUUGUCUCCAAAAUCAAUCACCGUCCGUUUGAGAUUUUUCUCAAUGGGAAAGUGGAAUCACCGAUCGAGAUACAACCGUCGCAGAUCUCCUGAGCGAUGGUACAGCGAACGUCACUCUUCUUCUUCUUCUUCUUCUUGUGGUUAUGGUGAAGAAGAUGGGAUUCCAGUAUGGGAAAAGAGAUUCUGUGAAGUGAUUGGAUCAGUACCAUGGCAAAAAGUGGUUGAAGCUACUGACUUUAAGAGCUGGUAUAGUGGUAAUGUUAUCACUUGGAACGAUUCAGCUUGCGAAGAGACUUUUCAUAGUGAGAAGAAGAGGUUUUGGUCUCGUGUUAAUGGUCUUCGUUGUGAUGUUUCUCUUCCUGAUCCGGAUCUUUAUAUUAGUGGAGUUGAUUGGGAUACUUUUGUUGACCCUGAACUCAUUAGGGAUUUAGAAACUGCUUACUUUGCUCCUCCUGAUGCCGAGGUAGAGUGUGGCUUUAAACGUGGGCGGCGAGAUAGGAAUUGGAGUGGUUGUGACUUAGUAGUGCCUGUUGAAGAGACUCCAUGGGAAGACAGUGCGUUGGGAAAUAGAUCGAAUGGUUGGAAUCUAUCAGAGAGUGGUGCUGAUCAUCCAAAAGAUAGGGUGAGUUAUUUGGAAGCCAAGCCUAGCUGUGGAAAUGAGAAAGCAAAUGAUUCAACAUCUUGGGGUUGUUGGACGACUGAGGCUCAGAGGGAGAACCAGUGGAAAACUAAAGAUAGGGUUAAUGGCAGUUGGGAGAACUCAGGUCAGGGAAACGAUGAUAAUUCAGGGCACCAAAACAAGAAAGCGAGAGGUUCUGAGAGUGUACCAGCUGAAGAGUAUGAAAUGCUUGACAAUCCUUGGGAAGCCAAGCCUAGUUGUAGAAAGGAGACAGCUAAAGAGACCACUUGGGGAGGUUGCUCUGGCAAGGGAUGGGAGGAUAGAGGUUGGAAUAAUGAAUCUUGGGGCAGUGGCGGAUGGGAAAACCAGGAGUGGUCUAGUAAGGGAUAUAGUCGUGAUAGAGGUUGGAACAAUGACUCUUGGGGCAGUGGUGGACGGGAAAACCAGGAGUGGCAUAGUAAGGGAUAUAGUCGUGAUAUUCGGGAGCCAAAGGGUUAUAAUCCAUGGAAAGCUGGUUUUGUGCCUGACAAUACAGCUUUGAGAGAUCAUAGGGCAAAUGCAGGCGGUUGGCAAACACGACGAGCGACUGAGACAAAGCAAGGAAAUUGGAAUGUGAAAAGAUCAAGUGAUGGUUGGGGUGGGCAAAACAAGGAAAGAGAUAAGGUAUAUGGACACCAUUCUAAAUACAGAAACCCUUGGCCUAGAAGAGAUGAUUAUCAGAACAGGAGGGUCCAUUUCUCAGCUAAGUAACUCAAACGAUCCAUUUUUUUUUUUUUUUCAUGUAGUUUUGUGUUUGGAGUAUUUAGCUUCUUGUGGUAUGUGCAGACAAGUGUAGUUUAAGCUUAGCUAUUGACCUUCCAAGGUAACUCAAAGGCAGGGUUUUUUUUUUUUUUUGUUUCCAACUCAAAAUUAGCAUAUAUGUAGAUUAUAUACGAGUACCCUUUUGUGAUGAUAAUGUUCGACACAUACUUGACUAUUCAAGGUUUUUGGCUUGCCUUU